UGAACACGGAAGUACAGCGUGCAAUAACAUUUUGCAGAAAAUUGGGAAGGAGUUCACUCAUUCUAUUGUGUUAACAAUGAGAAUAAUUAUAGCCAUAGAAACCGUUGGCCUACUUUGUUAGAAAUCGAGCUAAACAGACUGAAGUUCAUAAAGUUUUGCAGAAGGAUGCUGAUUUGACAGCUCAAAUUCCUCGCUCCUUGUGCCUGAUUGGCUAAAACAAGCCCGUUGAAAUUGUGGGUUCGCAUCGGUGGAGAAUGGCUAGCAAGCUUGCUAGCUUCUUAUUUUAAAGUCUGUGCUAGCCCACGAUCCAUUUGAGUGGAGUUCUUAUCUGUCUGACGUACUGUUGCGCAAGAGAGACACAUGAAAAUUGUCUUAACUACAUAAUCAAGCUUGACAAAAGACAGAGGACUAGGUGUGGAUGACCCCUCCCAUUACGAGAUGUAACAGGAUGCUGAACCAUCACUGUAGAAGGAACCCCGAGCUUCAAGAGGAGCUGCAGAUACAGGCUGCAGUGGCAGCGGGGGAUGUGUACACUGUCAGGAAGAUGCUGGAGCAAGGCUACUCUCCGAAGAUCCGUGAUGCCAACGGGUGGACCCUGCUCCACUUCUCCGCUGCCAAGGGGAAGGAGAGAUGUGUCCGGGUCUUCCUGGAGCACGGAGCUGACCCCACAGUAAAGGACUUCAUCGGCGGCUUCACGGCGCUCCACUAUGCCGCCAUGCACGGCCGUGCGCGCAUCGCCCGCCUCAUGCUGGAGUCGGACUUCCGCAGCGACAUCAUCAAUGCCAAGAGCAACGAUGGCUGGACGCCGCUGCAUGUGGCUGCCCACUAUGGCCGCGACUCUUUCGUGCGGCUCCUCCUUGAGUUCCGCGCCGAGGUGGAUCCCCUCAGCGACAAGGGCACCACGCCCCUCCAACUCGCUAUCAUCCGUGAGCGCUCCAGCUGCGUGAGAAUCCUGCUGGACCACAGCGCCAACAUCGACAUUCAAAAUGGCUUCCUUUUGCGCUACGCCGUCAUCAAGGGGAAUCAUUCCUACUGUCGUAUGUUCCUGCAGCGGGGUGCGGACACUAACCUGGGUCGCCUUGAGGACGGGCAGACCCCGUUGCACCUAUCGGCACUAAGAGACGACGUGCUGUGUGCUCAGAUGCUUUACAAGUACGGAGCCGACACCAACACAAGGAACUACGAGGGCCAGACUCCCGUGGCGGUGUCGUCGAGCAUGUCGGGCAUCAGCCGGCCCUGCCUGGACUUCCUACAGGAGGUCACCAGACAACCCAGGACUUUGCAGGACAUGUGUCGGAUAAACAUCCGGCAUCACAUAGGCCUCCAGAGCUUGACGUUUCUGGAGGACCUGCCCAUUGCCAAGGUCAUGAAAGACUACCUAAAACACAAGUUUGACAAUGUGUGAGUUUUGUUUUUUAUAUAGCACAUGAACCAGGCAGACGGAGAACAUCGUUCUCUCCUUUCAUCAGACUAUGCAAGCAUUGUGCUACCUUCCGUUGUCUGAAGCCUGGAGGAGGUGCAGGACCAGGUUUCUGUACAACCUCCAGAGGUCACUUUGUAACCUCAGUUAAACACGUUGCCGGAUGGAGACGGAAUAUCUUUCUCUCUCCACCAUGUUUCGAACCGCAUUAGCAGCAUUACGUCUUUGGGUGGACGACUGAAUUGGAUGGAUGGGAACAGGUGGCAAUGUUUCAAGUAGGGCUUUGUUUCAAUCAUGAUGAAUGGUUGAUGAAGGGGUGCAGUCCUACAUCCUGUUGUGGAAUAAAGCUUGUUUUGAUAGAAAUGAGAUGACCGGCGAUUCGCUGUUGUCUUGUUACCCAUAAUGUAUGUCAGAUGUCAGUCCACAUCAAGCCAGUUAUUGUUUUUGUGGAGAUGAAGUGUUCCUAUUAGUUUUCAUGAAGACGCCAACAUUUCUUUGCUGUGGUAAAUCUGGGCAAGUUGAGCACGAGAGAGAAAGGUUUGUCAGACUGACAUUCUUUUUUUUAAUGUGUAAAACUUGUUGCAGAAUGGGUCAAUCUUGUGAUACAGCAUUUCAAAUAAUCAGGUUAUCAAAACCUCUUAAUUAUUCAAGUAUUACAAAAGCUCAGUGAGUUAACUCAAGCUUGAGUUGGCUAAAGUAGACCCGUUUUGACUUGAUUUAUUGAUUGAAGGAUUCACAAGUGCGUGAUACCGAGGAGGGUUUUCAGUGGAGGGACGGCCUGAGUUUUCCACAUUUACAGUAGGUGUUCACAAGAUGAGUGAGUGAUACCGAGGAGGGUUUUCAGUGGAGGGACGGCCUGAGUUUUCCACAUCUACAGUAGGUGUUCACAAGAUGAGUGAGUGAUACCGAGGAGGGUUUUCAGUGGAGGGACGGCCUGAGUUUUCCACAUUUACAGUAGGUGUUCACAAGAUGAGUGAGUGAUACCGAGGAGGGUUUUCAGUGGAGGGACGGCCUGAGUUUUCCACAUUUACAGUAGGUGUUCACAAGAUGAGUGAGUGAUACCGAGGAGGGUUUUCAGUGGAGGGAAGGCCUGAGUUUUCCACAUCUACAGUAGGUGUUCACAAGAUGAGUGAGUGAUACCGAGGAGGGUUUUCAGUGGAGGGAAGGCCUGAGUUUUCCACAUCUACAGUAGGUGUUCACAAGAUGAGUGAGUGAUACCGAGGAGGGUUUUCAGUGGAGGGACGGCCUGAGUUUUCCACAUCUACAGUAGGUGUUCACAAGAUGAGUGAGUGAUACCGAGGAGGGUUUUCAGUGGAGGGACGGCCUGAGUUUUCCACAUUUACAGUAGGUGUUCACAAGAUGAGUGAGUGAUACCGAGGAGGGUUUUCAGUGGAGGGACGGCCUGAGUUUUCCACAUUUACAGUAGGUGUUCACAAGAUGAGUGAGUGAUACCGAGGAGGGUUUUCAGUGGAGGGACGGCCUGAGUUUUCCACAUUUACAGUAGGUGUUCACAAGAUGAGUGAGUGAUACCGAGGAGGGUUUUCAGUGGAGGGACGGCCUGAGUUUUCCACAUCUACAGUAGGUGUUCACAAGAUGAGUGAGUGAUACCGAGGAGGGUUUUCAGUGGAGGGACGGCCUGAGUUUUCCACAUUUACAGUAGGUGUUCACAAGAUGAGCCAUCCAGCACGGCUCGGUGAAGUCUGUCUGCAAUGGUUACCAUGUACAGACAUAAACAUCGUUAAAAAAAACAAUGUAAAUAAUUGUCAUAUAUGUACAGCAGAUAUUUUUCUAGAAUUAUUUAAGCGAUGAUCUCUUGUAUUCUUAAUGUAUUUGGAGUUUGUUGGAUGGUAUUGUGUGCUGUUGAUGUGACCCAUGUAUUGGUUUUCUAUGUGUAUGCGUGCGUGUCUUUUAAGAGUUUUAGAAGAUAUGUGUAUUUUUGAAACUAAAUAUUUAGUUAAAAUUAUUUUUACUUUGUGGGAGAUGGAACGGGUAUUGGGUUAAGAAUAAAAUACGUGCAUUUGUGUUUAAAUGUCAAUGGCCCUGUUUUUAAAUCAUAUUUGUUCACAUUUGUGUUAAUAUUUUUUCCCAUCACUUUGAUUGUCACUGAUAUUAAUGAAUGGUGUUUACAUAGAUUUUUGCAUGAUUUCAAAGACAGUAUUUGCAUAGUUUUUUGUCCAACAUUUCAAAGUGAUGUCUGCGUUGUAAUUCUGAACAGACAUAAAGAGGUGGUAGAGGUCUUCCUCUUGCUGAUGUAAUGUUUUGUUUAAUUUGCAUCUGGCCUGUGGUCAAACGGCAGUACUCUGCUCCCUAACUUAGAUUUGAUUUAGAUUUGAAUUAUAAGCGCAGACUUUUCUAAUUCACUUUGAAUACUUUUCGACAGCACAUUAUUCUGUUGCAGAGACUUUAAAACAGGGGUCGGCAACAGGCGGCCGCGAGCCCUCAGGAUUUUCCUUUUGGGUCAAAAAAUACAAAUCAACAGGAAUUCAGCUAAAAACUAAUUUAAUUUAGGAAAUCAGUUAAAGUAUUUCCAUAAAUAAAUGAUCGUGUCUCAAGGUAUGAAAUUGUACUUGAAAAUAACGAUUUCUUUUUGGGAUUAGUUGUGUUCAAAUUGCAGUGAACAAAUGAUUAGCAAUAUGUUCUGGCGUUGUGACCAUCCCGCUCCGACAAAAAUCAGCCCGCGGUUUGAGUUGCCUACCCCUCCCUACCUUAACCAACUGGUAGAAAUGUUGCAAUGCAGGUUGAUCCUCCAUCCUUAGUUAAUGAAAGGAGUUUUUGAUUUAUAUGUGUGUGUGUAUGAAUGUAUGUAUGUAUGUAUGUAUGUAUAGUACCAGUCAAAAGUUUGGACAGCAGCGAUACGCCAUCCCAUCUGUUUUGCACUUAGUGGGACUUUCAUUUUUAUUUUUCAUAGGACAAUGACUCAAAAACACUCCUCCAGGCUGUGUAAGGGCUAUUUGACCAAGGAGAAUAAUGGAGUGCUGCA